ACACACACACACACUUACACACACCAGCAGAUUGUCUCAGCUUUGCUCUCCAUCUUUCCGCCGCGUCUCUCUCUGCACUCUUUAUCACAGGACCUUAGCUCCCUGCUGAGAGGAAAAUCGCCGAAAUGUCGGACAAGCCGGACAUGACUGAGAUCGCCCGCUUCGACAAGACAAAGCUGAAGAAGACGGAGACGAAAGAGAAAAACCCUCUGCCCACCAAAGAGACCAUCGAGCAGGAGAGGAAAGGCGACGCCACACCUUGACUCGAGCGCAAGUGAGAGAAGGAGCCGACGAUGCCACAAGAAAAAUGAAGCACUUUCUUUUGAUUAUCACAGUGUUCGACUUGCUUACAAUGUCUUCAGAUUAAAAAGAAAAAA